AUGGAGAGGCGCAGCACCGAUCCUGCUCGGGCGCCUGGUGUAGGUCCCAAUCCAAGGCGAAGAGGGGCUUCCCAGAAGGAGCCGCGUUGCUUUCCUUCUCGCCCAAAACCACGUGGGGGCUCCAGUGGCUCCCUCGCAGGCAGCUAUGCCCGGAGCCCCUCGCCUUACUCGGGGAGGCGUGUCCUUCUCCUUCUCCUCUUUAUAGAUCCGCGGAGAACAGGACCGCGUCGCCCGGAGUCACCCCGCUACCAUCGCCGUCGGGGCUGCGUCUUCCCCCUGGACCAAGGAGAGCGCAGAUCGGCUCCGCUGAAAGGACAGAAAAGAAAACGACAAGAAGUCAGCAGCGAAGGGGGUGGGGGAGCGAGCUGUAGUCCAGAUGCCACGACGAAGGGCGCCGUGUGGCGGGAGGGGGGGAGGAGAUCGCUUCCUUCCAGCUGCUUGUCUCGUCGCGCCGCCGGCCGAGCCGUGUGCUCCACGAAGCUCAAAAGCUGGCCCCGUAGGCAGAAGGAGAGGCGAGCUGGCGAUCUAGCGCCCCGUUGCGCAGCGCGAUCCGGGGCCAGACACGAGAUUCUCCCGCUUCACAGCCCGCUGGCUGGUUCGCCCUGUCUGUUUGGGCUGAGCUGGGAAAACAGCCUGGAGAGGAACAUUAUCCUCCCCCACUAAUACACCCAGCCGAUGUUCAAGGAGAAAAAGGGGCAGUGGACAAAC